GCUCCUCCACGCUCCUGCCAGCCCACACCAGGGAUAUUGCAGCCCGGGGAGGCACCUGGAGCUAAUCCGGCGGCAGGUUUAAAUGUUUAUUUGGCUACUUGGCUACUGAUUAGAGAACACAAAAUGAAUAACUCAACAAACUCCUCUAACAAUGGCCUGGCUCUGACCAGUCCUUAUAAGACAUUUGAAGUGGUUUUUAUUGUCCUUGUGGCUGGGUCCCUCAGUUUGGUGACCAUUAUUGGGAACAUCCUGGUCAUGGUCUCCAUUAAAGUCAACCGCCACCUCCAGACCGUCAACAAUUACUUUUUGUUCAGCUUGGCCUGUGCUGACCUCAUCAUUGGUGUUUUCUCCAUGAACCUGUACACCCUUUACACUGUGAUUGGCUACUGGCCUUUGGGACCUGUGGUGUGUGACCUUUGGCUAGCCCUGGACUACGUGGUCAGCAAUGCCUCAGUAAUGAACCUGCUCAUCAUCAGCUUUGACAGAUACUUCUGUGUCACAAAACCGCUCACCUAUCCCGUCAAGCGGACCACAAAAAUGGCAGGUAUGAUGAUUGCAGCUGCCUGGGUCCUCUCCUUUAUCCUCUGGGCUCCGGCCAUUCUCUUCUGGCAGUUCAUUGUAGGGGUGAGAACUGUGGAGGAUGGGGAAUGCUACAUUCAGUUUUUUUCCAAUGCUGCUGUCACCUUUGGCACUGCCAUUGCAGCUUUCUAUUUGCCUGUGAUCAUCAUGACUGUGUUAUACUGGCACAUAUCCCGAGCCAGUAAGAGCAGGAUAAAGAAGGACAAAAAGGAGCCUGUGGCCAACCAAGAUCCAGUUUCUCCAAGUCUGGUACAAGGAAGGAUAGUGAAGCCAAACAACAACAUGCCUGGCAGUGAUGAUGGCCUGGAGCACAACAAAAUCCAGAACGGCAAAGCUCCCCGAGAUGCUGUGACUGAAAACUGUGUCCAGGGGGAGGAAAAGGAAAGCUCCAAUGAUUCCACCUCAGUCAGUGCUGUCGCCUCUAAUAUGAGAGAUGAUGAAAUAACCCAGGAUGAAAACACAGUUUCCACUUCCCUGGGCCACUCCAAAGAUGAGAACUCAAAGCAAACAUGCAUCAAAAUUGUCACCAAGACCCAAAAAGGUGACUCAUGUACCCCAACUAAUACCACCGUGGAGCUAGUUGGUUCUUCAGGUCAGAAUGGAAAUGAAAAACAGAACAUUGUUGCUCGCAAGAUUGUAAAGAUGACCAAGCAGCCUGCAAAAAAGAAGCCUCCUCCUUCCCGGGAAAAGAAAGUGACCAGGACGAUCUUGGCCAUUCUGUUGGCUUUCAUCAUCACUUGGGCCCCAUACAAUGUCAUGGUGCUCAUUAACACCUUCUGUGCGCCCUGCGUCCCCAACACAGUGUGGACAAUUGGUUAUUGGCUCUGUUACAUCAACAGCACCAUCAACCCGGCCUGCUAUGCACUUUGUAAUGCCACCUUCAAGAAGACCUUUAAACACCUCCUCAUGUGUCAUUAUAAGAACAUAGGCGCCACAAGGUAAAACAUCUUUGUAAAGAAAGAAGGUAGUCAAGGGGAGCUUGGCAAAAAGGAACAGAAUAAAAGAGCUCCUAGUUUUCAAAUCUCUGCCAUUGCACUUUAUAGUCUUAUCAUGGAAUGUGCAAUUAAGGAGCCCAACAG